AUGGAGAAGGAAAACAUGUUCGAGAAGAUAAGUGUGGUUCCAAAUGAGAAUGAUUUUGUUGAUGCCAUCGUCUCUCUCGGGAUUAAUAAGGGACCAGCCCGUGUCUGCAGCAGCGCUUACAUGAUCAAGCGGAUCAGGAUGUUCCGUCGUGCGUACGCGGUGAAGGUACGUGACGCAGAGGAUAGGCUAUUUGACAAGUUCUCUAAAGUUGCCAUGGAGUUUCCUUGCCUCUCUCUUGUUGAUCCCUUGCGCACUGAGCUUCUUCGUCAGCAUUUCGAUAUUGGUCACUACCAGCGUUCUCUAGCUCAAAUCUCUACUGCAAGGUUGAUGCUACAAAGCAUCUCCUUGGAGUAUGAGAAGCUACUGAAGAAGGAUGAUUGUGACUCAAUAGACAAGUGCAACCGCCUAAAACUGGCUGCUCUUGCGCGGUUGUUCACUGUUGCAAAGAGAUGCGUUCGUGCUUUGGCAUAUCUCGAUAUGGUCAGGGAGUACAUGUUAAGCCUCCCUAAGAAUUUGGAAGAUGAUGAUGGGAAUAUUGCUGCUACUUGUAAGAAUAAGUACGGCGCCUUGCCUCCGCUAGACUACGCACUCCCUCAUUCUGCUUUUCUUUGGAAUAUUGCCGACCUUGUUGAUCCUGAUACUUUGCUUUGGCUCGAGGAAUUGGAACGGGAGCAUGGCCUCAGGGUUAAAGAUGAUGAAAACAAGGAGCAUGAGCUGGCUGUUGCCAUUAGCAGGAUGUUCUUUUGUUCAAGAUCAUUUCAAGGUACUUGUGAAGAGAUGGGGAAGGAGAAAAAAUUCAAGAAGAUAAGUAGUAGUGUGGUUCCAAAUGAAAAUGAUUUUGUUGAAGCCAUCCUUUCUCUCCCGGAGCUUCGGAAACCAGAACUUGUCUGUGAUAACACUGAUAUCAGAGACAUCAGUUGGUCCUAUGAGUCCACGAUCAUGUCUGCAGAGUACAGCUUUUCAGACAUGUUCUCUAAGGUUCUGGACGAGUUUCCUGUCCUCAAUCAAGUUGAUCCCUUGUACGGAAGGUGUCUAGAUGAACUCUUCUCUGCAAGGGAGAUGGUAGUCAGUAUCUCCAGCAAGUAUGUGCAGCUACUGGAUAAGGAUGAUGGUUGUGUUUCGCUGGGCCAGUUAAAGUCCCUUUUAUUGGCUGCUCUUGCGUCUAUGUGUGCUGUUGCAAAGAGAUGCAAUCCUUGGUUGGCUCAUCUCGAGAGGGUCAGGCAGUACAUGGCGAAUUUGGAUGAUGAUGAGUCUACUUGGAAGUUCCAGUGCCACGCCUUGUCUCCGGAACAUGAUAACUUACCAUCCUUUCAAAAGGUCCUUGUUGACGAUAUUGCCUGCUCUAUUGAUCCAAAUACUUUGCUUUGGCUUGAGGAAUUGGAGCGUGGACGUUGCCUCGAGCUCAAAGAUGAUAAACAAGAAGUUUUCUGUGGAACACUCGUCGGCAAGAAGCAGCUUGAAAGCAUUGGUGAUAUAAGAACUUCAUUUGCUGCUCGUUUAUAA